AAACAAUUGUCAAUAAUAAAAAAAAAGUUGUGUAAAAAAAUUGUAAAAUUAAAAGAGUUGUAAAAGAGUAAAAAGUUAAAAGCUAUAAUACAAUAAAAAUUUGUAGUAAACUAAUUAUAAUUAUUAUAUUCGACCAACAGCUUAAAUCAUGGAGGUUGCUAUACCCAUUAACAAUGAGCUGGAACAACGCAUCUCCGAUGCCUUCUGCAUAUUCGAUCAUCACGGCGACAAGCGCAUUGACAUACGUGAAGUGGGCACUGUCUUGCGCUUUCUCGGCUGUGUGCCUACCGAGCAGGAGAUAAACGAGGUGAUAGCGGCGACUGAAAUGGAGGAGUCCGCGGGAGAUGUGCAUCUCUCAAAGUUUAUGCCGUAUGUGGCGCAAUUGUUGGCGGAACGGAAAAUGGAACCCGCAUCACCGGAGAAAAUUCUCGCCGCCUUUCAAGUGUUGGAUCCAGAGCAGAAAACCUACAUCACAAAAGAGUAUAUGAGCAAGGUGAUGAUGGAGGAGGGUGAACCCUUCACACAGGAGGAGCUCGAUGAAAUGCUUGCUGUGGCCAUUGAUCCCAUCACUGGCAAUAUACCGUAUGAGUUUUAUAUCAAUCAACUGAUGCAUGCACCAGAUUAUUCAAUUUAUGAACUUGCUGCUAAAUAUUGUACUAUGAGACCGAAAGAGGCAAAACGCGGCUCCAAAUGGACCGGCAGUCGAAUUAGUCUGAGAUAAAGUUUAAUUUUUUAUUUUUUUUUUAUUAAAAUAGUAAAAACAAAAUUU